UCUUCUUUCUUCUCUCUCUCUCUGUCUUUCUCAACCUAAAAAUCGCUGUCUUUCAGAGUCUGUACCCAUCAUCAUUAUCUCCUUGUCUGAAAACCCUGUCACCAUGAGAGUGAGAGCCAAGCCCUGUGAACGUCGUCACCCCCUUCCUUUGGUAUAUAGCUAGAGACCCCUCCAUAACGCACCAAAAAGCCCUGUUUCGAUCGGUUCUCUCCAUCGCUUCCACUUGCAUGAAUUAAUGAUACUGCCCUCAUCUGCUUUUCCCAUGGCCUUCCCUCCUCACACUUUCCUGUUUCAGACCCACGAAGAUCAUGAUCAACUCCCUUCCACCUCCAUCAACGCCUAUAACUCCUUCACACCCAAGUUCUUCGAAGGCGGUGCAGUACCUUUGGUGUUGAAGAGAUCCGUGUCAUUUUCAGGGAUCGAGAACAAGCAUGAGGAUGAAGAGCUGUCCGAUGAUGGAUCUCAGCUGAUGGGGGAGAAGAAGAAGAGACUGAACAUGGAACAAGUGAAGGCACUGGAAAAGAGUUUCGAGUUAGGGAACAAGCUGGAGCCUGAACGCAAAAUGCAGCUGGCCAAGGCUCUGGGCCUUCAGCCGAGGCAGAUCGCUAUUUGGUUCCAGAAUAGGAGGGCCAGAUGGAAAACCAAGCAGCUCGAGAAGGAAUAUGAAGCUCUCAAGAAGAAGUUUGAAGCUCUCAAGGCUGACAACGAUGCCCUUAAGGCUCAUAACCACAAAUUACACGCUGAGAUACAAGCUUUAAGGGGGAGAGAUUGCUGUGAGGGCGGAACUAUCAAUUUUAAGAAAGAACCAGAGGCUUGUUGGAGCAACGGGAGUACUGAGAAUAGCUCGGAUAUUAACUUGGAUCUCUCAAGAUCACAAUUUCUAAACAGUACUCUAACUUCAGUACAGAAUGGUAAAAGCCUUCUUCCCUCUAAUGCCCUUAAGCCAACCAGCAUAACCCAGCUCCUCCAAUGCUCAUCCAGAUCAGAACUUCAAGAUGAAAGCUUGUCCAACAUGUUUCAUGGCGGCGUCGACGAGCACCAGAAUUUCUGGCCCUGGCCUGACCACCACCAGUUUCAUUGAACCACAGAUUAUCAGAAUUGAGACGGUUGAAGAAUUCAGAAGAAACCUAAGCUUAUUAUUACAGCUCCACCUUAAUUAAUUUCCCUAGUUAUUACUC